GACAACGCCAACAACAAGUUGUGGGGGAAACAAAAGCACAAGCUGCCGCACACGGCAUUCCACGAUUGGAUUCCGAACACGAUACUCGUUCUCGACGCAAUCACGAAUCAUACUACUUCUCCUACUACUCACAGUAAUAAACAUACCGUACCCAGCAUGGACCACUCCAUCGAAUACGGCAAACCGGUGCGGGUAUGCGAGCAAGAGAAGCAACCUCGCGACGAAAGCACGGCGGAAAACACCGCAGGUCCAUCGGAUGACAGCAACAGCGACGUCAACCUCGACGACAACGAGAUCGUGCUUCGACUCUGCGACGACGACAGCCACGAAGACAACAACACGUCGAGGGCCGGGAAUACGAAUCACUCCAUGCUGACCCGGAGAAUACGCGACAAUUCGCAGAGAAGCAGCAGCAAUAACAGCAACAAUAACAGCAACGAUGACUACAGCAAUGGCAACAGCAGCAGCAGCAACAACAAGGCCACGAGCAGCAUGUUCGAAAUCAGCUGUAGCCCGUUGCCAUCGAACCAAACCCACCGUGGAUCCUCUUUUGGCUACGGGGAAACGAGGCAGCGGUCAUUCGCAGAGCAGCAGCAAUCAGACUCCGUGAGCGGUUCUUUUGUGGAAGGAAAGAUCAUUCCCCUUCACCCACCCUCGAGCAGCAUAACGAAUAGAGCCGAUUACUCCUCUGACCACGUGCCACCCGCGAGCAACCACCACGUGACGAAACAAAUCCUGCAGCAGUGGGGCCGAUCCUCGAACGACCGUUCCAGGAAACGGGGCCUUCCACUGCCGGAAGAUGACGGGGGUUCGAUAUCUCCUACGCUGCCCACACACCGCCACGGAGAGGGAAGCACCGAAGACCACGGACGCGAAAACGAACGCGAAACCAACCACGCCAACCACAACUACAACGCCCAGGACACUGAUGACGACGACGCCGACAGCUGCUGUACCCUCGCCGACAGCGAUCUGUACUAUGGCAGCAGCGCCUACGACAACACGGGCGCCACGAGCAAGAUUGCCGAGGCCACGUGCCACAGCAACAUCGACUCGAAUAACAGCAACAUCGACUCGACCGUUAGUCCCGCCACCGAGACGCACAGCGGAUCGAUUUCGAACAGCGACUACACCGAAACGACGGUCGCCAACUCGAUAUGCAGCUCGGUGUCCCGGGGGGAGGAGCACAUCAGCUCCCGACUGAGAAAAUACGGCCUCUAUAACCUGCACGAGAUGAAGCGGAGGCAGCAGCAACGGCGGGUCAACCGGAACUUCAAGACCCCGAUGUCCAACGGCAGCAGCACUACCAGCAGCAGCAACAAUAACAACACCGAUAUUCACUACCAGAGCAGCAAUAGCACCCUUCAAGGCAGUUCCUCUCACCCACAGGGCCCCGCCGCUGUCUCGAUCCUCUCGGGUCUGACCAACGAAGGCAACUCGAUGAUAGAUGACAACGAGGAGUCUCGAGGCCAGCACCAAAGCAAAGCCCAGGGCAACAGCAACGAUAACAACAAUAAUAUCAAAAAUACCGGAGCCGGAAUCCCUACACGCAUCCGAACGGCACCCCUCCACGUACAGAUGGCCGUCGAGGAAAUCCACCGGUGGCUCUUUACCGAGGGCGGGCACUUCGAGGACGUCCAGACACUAAUGACUCAAUACUCGCUCUACGUUCGGGAGCACUUUGGGAUCCCCCUGGACCGCCUGUACUACGGGGGGGUUGGUCUACACCCCAAACUGACCGCCUAUCUCUGGAAGUGGGAGCCCCACGGGGAGUUCACCCACAGCGAGAUGCCCCCGGAGGUCUUUGCCAGGCGGAACGAGCUCUUUAGCCCCGACGAGCCCUUUUGCGUCUUGGAGCAGGGCCGGGCGGACUACGUACGGAUCCGUGAUACCGAUUCGUACAUACCCCCCGACACGGCCAAGUGGUUCCGCGCGGGCAAGUUCAAGGACUACUUUGCGCUGCCAGACAUCCAUCGGGGGGUCUCCAAGGGCGGCCUGGCAUGGUCCACCAAGUGCCCGGACGGGUUUUGCGACGACGACAUUCAGUUCUUCCGGAUGACCCACCCGGCCCUCACCACCAUCAUGCGACUCCACACCAACGACAUGGUCCUCAAGACUCUGACGGACCGGAUGGAAUCGGAGAUCACCGAACGGACCAACCAGCUGGCCGCUGCUAACAUCAAGCUCGAGGAGGCGAACGAGGAGAUAUCCAUGCACGCCUCGAAACAGCUGGAGCACUUUGCCUGCAUGAGCCACGAGAUUCGCACCCCGCUAAACUGCAUCGUUGGUUUGUCCUCGCUGCUCCUUGAGAGCGACGACCUCAACGACGAGCUCCUGGAAACGAUCAAUAUGGUGUACAGCAGUGCCGAUUUGGUCCAGGGCGUGGUGAACGACGUCCUGGACUACGCCAAGAUCGAGAGCGGCCACUUCGAGCUAGACAUCCACGAGAGCGACCUUCAGUCGACUCUGAACGGGGUGGUUCAUUCGAUCGCCAACAAGCUGCGGUCGCAGGACAAAAACGUUGAGGUCCGGACCAGCUACAGCGGGAGGCUGGGCAAGACCAUGACCACCGACAGCCGCCGGCUGCAGCAGAUCCUGUACAACAUUCUCGGAAACGCUGCCAAGUUUAGCAUGGAGGGGACCACCAUUGACUUCUCGGCGAAGCUCUUGGAACCAACAAAAACAAAAGUGGAUUGUCCCAAGGUUGGUAACGACGACAACAACGAGGAUGAGGCAAAAGACAACGACAAUAUACCCACGGAAAACAAACCACCAAAGCACACGAUACGGUUUUCGAUCAAGGACUACGGCAAGGGGAUUGAGGAGAAGGAUUUCGAGAAAAUAUUUCAGCCUUUCUCGCAGGCCUCGAAAGAGACCCAGACCGUCUACGGGGGAACGGGACUCGGUCUUUCCAUCACAAAGAAACUCGUGACCCGGCUGGGGGGGACGAUCAAAAUCCGGUCCGAGAUCGGACGGUUCACCGAGUUCAUCGUCGACCUGCCGUACGUCGACGAGCCUGUCGAUGUGUCCCUCCUGAGGGACAAGUUGUCGGAAACAUCCAUUGUGCUCCUCGAUCCAAUGGACGGCGGCGCCGGAGAACGGGAAAACGAGGAAUCCGACGACUCUUUUCUUCCCUUCCCGGCAGAGAUGGUGGAGGACUAUGGUCUGAACGUUCUCCGGUGUUCGAGCUGGGGGGAGCUCGAGAGCAAGCUCGGCCUCAAGGCGAACAUCAGGGAAAACUACAUCUUUCUCGCCCAUGAGGACAUCGAAGAGCAGCAGGGCUUUCUCAAUACAGAAAAAAUCGUGGGUAGGAACCGAUGCUCGUGGUUCUCCUUUGGAUCCGAGAGCUCGCUGAACCACCGCCAAAGGCAUUUCAAAACCCUGACGGGGAUCUUUCCGGCAUUUCUCCUGGAACGGCUCGUCGAGGUUACGAGUUCUGAGAGUAUUGGCUUCCAGGAAGAUCACUCGCUGAACGCAAGCUUUAGCACUUUCAAUCAGAGCAUCGGGGAGCUGUCGAUCGAAGACAUGUCGGAAUCGCAGGAAUCAGAUGAUGGAAAGGUUCUUCCAAAGGCGACGGGAUUGUUUGCUAUUGCCACAUCCGAGAACUGCUCAGCAAGCCCCGUAGAUUCGAGACUGAUUCAUGGUAAACCCCCGGGCACAAAUGAUUCAUCGCCUUCAGCAACUGAAUCAUCGUCCACAAAAUCGAGAAAGGCUUUUGCCACGAAAUACCCACCUCGGGAUCUCAAGGUGCUGGUCGUCGACGACAACAAAAUCAACCAGAAAAUUUUAGAACGCAUUCUCAAGCGCCUUGGCGUCAACGAUAUUUCAAUCGUCAACAAUGGGAAAAAGGCUGUCGAUCUCACGGAAACGACCGUGUUCGACUGCAUAUUCAUGGAUAUGGAAAUGCCCGUGAUGGGUGGAUUGGAAGCCUCCAAGAUCAUUACCCAAAGGGACAAGGAGUCCGCGAGGGUGGUAUUUGUGACGGCACAUGAUAUUGAGGACAUAAAGGAACGGGCGGACAAGGCGGGUGCGUUUGGGUACAUCUCGAAGCCACUGAAAAUGCAAGAGAUCCAUACUUUCUUGGGAACUAUAGAGGGCCUCGGCACAAUACAUAGCGCUAAAACCGCAAAAAAGGAAUUCUCCAAUAGACUUGUCAAGACAAAAAGCUCGGGUGACGAGCUCCGGAAGAAACGCUCGACGCCUCCCAAGAAGAAAAGGUGCACGAAGCAAUACCCCGAGCGAGAACUCAAGGUCCUCAUGGCUGAAGACAACCUUGUCAAUCAAAAGGUACUCGACCGCAUCCUAAAACGCGUUGGGGUGAAGGACGUGACCAUUGUCGACAACGGAAAGAAAGCAGUUGAUAUUUCCAGCACCAUCAAGUUCGAUUGCAUCCUUAUGGACAUGCAAAUGCCAAUCAUGGGUGGCCUCGAGGCUUGCAAAAUCAUCGUUGAGCGCGACAAGGACCAGGUUGAUUGCCCAAAGAUUGUGUUCGUGACAGCCCAUGCCCUUGUCGAAUUCAAGGAAAAGGCGCUUGCGGCCGGAGGCUUUGACUUUAUUGCCAAGCCCUUCAAGAUGGAGGACAUUGACAAAAUGAUGAAGACUGUGGAAGACGCGAUAGGCUCUAACACCCAGGAUACAAACACCGCUCCAAUGGAAGAAAACACAUAGUAGUCAUUCAAGACUCGCAUAAUAGUCUCUCUGUAGAAACAUAUAGAAAUAGAAAUUCCCUCCACGGGUAAGCUUCGGAAUGAAUGUUCAAGCCAUUCGACGAUCCGAAAAUAAUACGCAGCAAUGAUCACAUCCUUUAGGCUGUGCUUGGUUGUAAGCUAGUACCUAAUGGUUUUCUCGAUCACACUUUAAACAGCACAUUACAUUAUUAUCUUUGUGAUAUACUUGGUCGAUAAUAUUGUAUAAUAAUGUAGGAAAUCACAA